AUGUCUGAAUAUCUGGCUCAGACGCCCUGUAAAUUUACUAUUUGGUCAAGGGAGAUCGAUCUUAUCAGAACGAAUUUCUUGGUCAACGCCCACCCUUUAAGUAUGGUCGGUAGGUUACUUCAAUACGUUCAUUGCCAAAUAUCCAAGCAGCUAAGGGCUACCUAUCAAACUGAGGAACGGCAUACAAGUGCAGAAUUUGGCUCUGCCUUAAGUAGUGUCAGUGCGUACUUCCUAAGUUAUGAAGGCAAAGAGUUAUCUCCAACAUGUUUACUGAAGGAUAUCGCUUCAUCUAGCCAUCUAGAUUCGAAUCAUUUUAUCAGAUUACAACUGGAAAAACGAGCAUCCCCUUCAGGCUCUGCAUUAUACUUGGAUUACGACAUGGAGACUGAAUUCAACUCGAUGAACAUACAACUUGAGAUAAAUACGUUAUCCUCUCAACGUAUAUUCAAUUCAACGGAAACAAACUUGCCCAUCGGCACCACGUUGGUUAGAUUAGAAAAACUGGCAUUAGAACGUAUAAAGAACUUCGAGAAAUCGGCAGGCAAUCUCUGCGGUAUCAAAGAAGACCAUUCAGUGUGUGAUUUCCAAGGCUUCAUAAUAAAGGGGAAACAAACACCCAUGUUCUUAAAUUAUGGGAGUGAUUCGGAUUACUAUAAAGAUUUGAACCUGGUGGAUUUGCUAGGUAUUGAUUACGCACCAGCGCACAAUUCGUUCUUUACAUUUUUAUUCAAGAUGAACCAUGAACAAGGUUCGCAGAUCGCUCACGAUGAAGGGGGGUUUGUAUUGGAAUUCAUAUCAGAUGCUACUUUGUCUAUAACACAGAUGAAUGUCAAACCAGAUACCACGGUGAAGCAAGUGAAGGAUUUCAUUUGUUCUGUUUAUACGCACUCACUGAACCUGAAGAGAAAUGAUAUCAAACUGAUCUACAAGGGGCAAUUGCUGCAUGAGAACAACUUUGCGGGAAACUCAUCUAAGAUCAGCGAAUACAUUAAAGAGCCACACGAAGUGAAAGUCCACGUGCAAAUCAAUCAAGAGUAUACGGAAUCCGGACCUGGGUUUUGGAACGAAGUGUUCAAUAACCCGAAUCUUUUCCAGUUCAUGCCUCCAGAUACAAGGUCGCAAUCACCUGUUAAUUUUGGUUCCGCGCAAGAACAGUUGCCAGCUGUGAUGCUUGGCGAUGACCAAGGCGUACAAUAUAUGUCCGAAUCUGGAAAUGAUGUCAUUGUCCCCACUGAUGAACUGUAUAGAAAAUGUAUCAUCAAUGGGGAUGAAGUGGUGUUCAUUCCUGUCAGCGAACUGAAUCCACAAUCAAGUUAUUUGUCCGUUGCCAGAGGCGACUACGAUGAAAUAAAGGUCCCCAUCGCCCCCAAUGACUAUAAGAUCGAUGGCAAAAAUAUUCUGCUGUCCCCUUAUGCAAUUGAACAGCUAGAAUCUGUUUUGAGCGUUAGAAUUGAAAAAGCACAAACCUCAAUGACUAUGGAACAUCCUGGUGAACGUGUUCGAGUUGCGGAUAAUGCCGCUCCAGCCAAUGAUAAUAUAACGAAUGAAAAUGACGAAUCGACAUGGAAUAGAAGGGUGUUGCGCCCCUUGAGAGAUAGUUUCCCGUUGCUACUGAUAUUGAUAAGGACUUUCUACUUGAUUGGCUACAAUUCAUUAGUCCCCUUUUUCAUUGUCUUAGAAUUUGGAAGCUUCCUUCCCUGGAAAUAUAUCAUUCUGCUGAGCUUACUUUUUGUUCUCAGGACUGUUUGGAAUACACAAGAAGUGUGGAAUUUAUGGAGGGAUUACUUUCACCUGAACGAAAUCAACGAGGCCAAGUUUAUACAGAUCAAAGAAUUCAUCAAUUCCGACUCGUUGACUUUAACUUUCUACAAGAAGUGUAAUGACACCCAGUCCGCCAUUGAUUUGCUUAUGAUACCGAACUUGCAUGAACAAAGACUAUCACUUUACUCUAAAUACGAUAUCGAGUAUGACACCAAUACCCCUGACGUUGGACAAUUAAGAUUGCUAUUCGUCAAGGUACUAUCGGGCGAAAUCCCUAAGGACGCAUUGGACGAGCUGUUCAGGGGAUUUUUCGAACUAUAUGAAGCGACAAGAAACAUGAACCCAUUAUACCCUCAGGACUCUCUAAACGAACUGCUGCUAAUGGUUUGGAAGGAGUCCAACAAGAGAGACAUUGAUACAUUGCCUAAGUACAGAAGGUGGUUCCAAACCGUGUGCGCUCAAAUAAGCUCAAUUGCGGAGCAAAACAUCUUGGAUCUCGUGCUUGGACACAUAAUCCCAGAUCCUACUAAUGAUAGGGUUAUAACUGCUGUGAUAAAAAAUUUCGUGCUAUUUUGGGUCACGUUGCUCCCUUAUGUGAGGGAGAAGCUGGACGACAUUGUUGCACAAAGAGCAAGGGACCGUGAGCAACAUGCUCCCGCUCCACACGUCCAAGAACAAGAAAACGAAGAUGAAGUCGUUGCGAUCCCUGACCAGGAACCCACCGCCACAGGUGCACAAGCUCAUCUCCAUAUCCCUGAUGAGCACUGA